CCUGUUCAUUUCAAUUACUCAGAGCUAUCAUUUGAUUCCUUUUAAAACAUGCCUAAUUAGAUGCUAUUCUCUCUUCUUUAUCAAAUGUCCCUUUUUUUCUUGAGACUGUGUCUCUUUUUAGACAAGUCUCCAUUUCCAGCAUGAAGUGUCACAACAACUCGAAGACAGAAUCAUAACACACCAAGUGCUCACACUGCAAGGAUCACAGUGACUUCAGUGACAAAGUUAAUCAUUCUUUUUCCUCAAUCUCAUGCAGGAUAAGGACAAUAAUUCCGUUGUCCAUGGAGCUGGCACCUUUUUAAUUCCAGAAUAAUGCCCCCGAGGUCCUUUGCUUGUCCAUUGGGACAAACAGAGAGAUUUGGUCUGGCAGGAUGUGUAAAACAAUCUCCUGUAAUAUCUACUUGUUCUCACACAGAGCACUUGGCUGCAGGGACACAUUCCCACUGUUCCUGCCCAGGUUUCAGGAUUCAACCAGUGCUGUCUUUCCCAGGAGCUGUUCCUUCAGCUGCCUCGGGAGGGCCUUUUGGCCUCUGGACCCACACUCUGGUUCCAUUCUUAGCACUGCUGGACCCAAACCCUUUAUCUCCACCAACAGCAGUGAUUUGAGGUGGAUCUCCUUUUCCCCAAUUGUUUUAAAAACUCACAAUAUCAAUAAUUGUGCUACCCUGUCAUGGGUUUGAACAAUCCAAUGUUGUUCACUAUUGUCUAACCAAUUUCCUUCAGUUUCUCCUUGAUAAUCUGCAUCAGUUCCUCCUCCCAUGACAUGAGCGCUUUGCAAGGCCAAGCUCCAGUGAGCAGUUAUGGAACCAAAGUGUCCUGGAGGAAUCUGGAUUCCUGUUCCUGUACUGUUAACUCUCAUUUGCUUCUGAUUUAUCCUAACUAAUUCCAGUGCAUGAAGGUCCAGCCCUGCAGCCUCUGGGCUGGCCCUGCCAGGGCCAUCACAGCCAGAACAAUUUCCCAGGCAGUCCAAGUCUCACUGUCCAUGGCUCAGGGGCUCACUGGGCAGGCUCAGGGGCUGCCCCGGGGAGCGCGGGGCUGGCCGCGGGGGCGAGCGGGCAACGGACAAACGGACACGGGGACAAACGGCCCCGGAGCUUCAGUUGCUUCAGUUGCAGCGGCAGCAGCGGCAGCAGCGGCAGCAGCAGCAAAAGCAGCAAUAGCAGCGACUUUGUGGAGUCCCUCUUGUUCCUCCUCUCCCUCUCCCGCUGUCCCGCAGCCUCUCCCGCUCUCCCUUUCCCGCUGUCCCCUCCCCUCCCGGUCUCUCUCUCCCCAUGCCCGGCCGGGCCAUGCCCCCGACCCGCCCCCGGCCCCGGGCGGGGCUGUCCCGUCCCUGUCCCUGUCCCCGUCCCCGUCCCCGUCCCCGUCCCCGUCCCCGUCCCCGUCCCCGGCCGUCCCGCCGCGGUCUCGCCCCCGCCCGGCUCUGGCCGUGCUGGCGCUGGCGCUGCUGGGCGGGCAUCAGUGCCUGGGGCUGGGGCGGCAUCGCCGCCCUUUGGCUCCGCCUGGCCCGAGCCCGGCCCCGGCCCCGACGUGGGCUCCAGUCCCGGCCCCGGCCCCGGCUCCUCCCGGGCCCCGCGGAGGACACAGGCGGCGCGGCCGCUGCCGCCGCCUCCGCUGCGGCUUCCCCGGCCCGAGCUCCGCCGCUCGGCAGCGCGGCCGCCGGCCCCGAGCCGCCGCUGUCCCGUUGCCAGCAGAGAACGCCUGGGGAUGGCCGGCCCGGGGCGCUCGGGGGGCGCUCGGGGGCCGCUCCUGGCCCCGGGCCGAGCGCUGACAGCCGCGUCCCGCCCGCAGGGAAGGCGCAGGAGGCCCUGCAGGAGCGGUACCGGCUGGGUUCGCUGCUGGGCAGCGGCGGCUUCGGCAGCGUCUUCGCGGCCACGCGGCUCUCGGACGGCGCCCCGGUGGCCAUCAAAAGGGUGCCGCGGGAUCGCAUCCGGCACUGGGGCGAGCUGCCCGACGGCACCAGCGCACCCCUGGAGAUCGUGCUGCUGGCCAAGGUGGCCUCUGGCUGCGCUGGUGUCAUUCAGCUCCUGGAGUGGCUCCAGCUCCCCGACAGCUUCUUGCUGGUGCUGGAGCGCCCGGAGCGGUGCCAGGACCUGUCGGGUUUCCUGGCGGAGCGGAGGUUCCUGCCGGAGGAGGAGGCGCGGGGGCUGUUCCGCCAGGUGCUGGAGGCCGUGCGGCACUGCACCAGCUGCGGGGUCCUGCACAGGGACAUCAAGCCCCAGAACAUCCUGCUCGACCUGGCCACCGGGCAGGUGAAACUGAUCGACUUUGGCUGUGGCGCCUUCCUCCAAGACACAGCCUACACCCAGUUUGCAGGAACCCUGUCCUACAGCCCACCAGAGUGGAUCCACCACCGACGCUACCACGGCGAGGCAGCGACCAUCUGGUCCCUGGGCCUCCUGCUGUGCCACCUGGUCAUGGGCAAGCACCCGUUCAGGAGGGGCCAGGAGAUCAUCUGGGGGCGGAUCUUGUUCCCACGACGGCUCUCUCCAGAGUGCCAGGAUGUCAUUAAGAGGUGUUUGUCCAUGCAGCCCUUGGACAGGCCAUCCUUAGAAGAGCUUUUCCGUGAUCCUUGGGUGCAGGGUGUUCCUCUGCCCUAG